CCAAAUCCAUUUUCCAGAGUAUUCUCUUCUUCCUCAUUUUCUCUUCUUCAUUUCUGGGGAAAAAAAACCCUAACCGGAAAAGCCAUGAGAUAUUCUUUGUUCUGAAUUCUUCUUCAGAAAAUGACCACACCAUUGAUAGCAGGACUGAGUGUUGCUGCUGCUGCAUUGGCUGGAAGGUAUGGCAUCCAGGCUUGGCAAGCAUUCAAGGCCAGACCACCCACUGCAAGAAUGCGAAAAUUUUAUGAAGGAGGUUUUCAGCCUAAAAUGACAAGAAGGGAAGCAGCUCUUAUUCUUGGUGUCAGGGAAAGCACUCCACCAGAUAAAGUGAGGGAGGCACAUAGGAAGGUGAUGGUAGCCAACCAUCCAGAUGCAGGAGGCAGUCACUACCUUGCUUCAAAAAUUAAUGAAGCAAAAGACAUAUUGCUUGGAAAGUCUAAGAACAGCGGUUCUGCAUUUUAAUCUCAACCGUGAGUCUCUUUGGUCCUUUAGAAGUUACAAAUUACAUGGUAACCGGAGGUGGAUCAUGCUUUCUGGCAUCAGAGACAAAUUUAAAGUGAAGUAGAUUAAUUCUUUUUGACCAAAAGAUGUAUGUUAGUUGGAGAAGGAAACACGUUUUGAUAGUUGUAUGAGUUCACUGAAUGUGAAGAAGUUCCAGACAUAGCAUUAAGCCAAUAUGUACUUUUAACAAUUGAUGAUACAUAUUCAUGGUUAAUAAUUGGUUGGUUUCUUCUU